UUACUAGGGAGAUAGCCGAGUGUCGAGCGUAAAAACAUAUUCAAACAUGUUCUUGGCCUCCCGCCUUUGGAGGAAGAGGGUUGGUGUUAUUUCGCAAAGGCGGGGCUUGCUAAAAUUGCAAAUGUCAGUGUUGUUGAAGUAGCGCGAACUUUUGUGCGAGUUCUUGCGAUGGUGCGUCUGCUUUCGACAUGUUAUCGACUCUAACCUCCACUCGUGGAGUAUGAAAGGUCCUUGCAGCUCACAGAACCUGUUAUGAGAAAAAAUCGUAUUGCUGGCUAAAUUAACUUCAAACUGCCACAAUGUACGAUUCACCGAUUUCUUUGGAGGAAGCAUGUGUCGACUUUAUUUGCGAAAACUUGGAGGCCUUGUGUGAGGUGACACCUUUAAUGACCUUAUCACCUCCAGUUGACGGCAGUGACAAACCAGAGUGUCACAAAGAGGAAAAGUUGACAUUAAGAGAUGAAUCAAUUUUACCCUCUGGAAUUUCAGAUAGACUUCUUGAACAACUCAGUGAGAAAGGAAAGCUGAAAGAUCUUACUAUGACGCUUUUUGACUCAAACAUUGCAACAUUGAGAAAUGUUCGAAUGAGAAAAGCAGGAAAAUUAACUACUAAAGGGUUACGCAUGUUAAAAGGACACAAAAUUAGAAGCUUAGAGGCUAUUGGUUUAACAGUAUCUGUGAACGAUUUAAUUGGAUGUCUGGGAGAGUGGACUCUACAAAAUCUGCGAUCUUUAAAUGUUGCAAGGUCCACUUUCAUGGCUGGAUCAAAGUAUUGUGUGGUUGUGGGUCUGUCAAAAUUACAGAACCUUCAAUCAUUAAAUGUAGCUUGUACUGAAUUUAACAGUCAUGGACUGGAAAUAGUUAUAGAAGAUUUACCUCAUCUUGAAGUUCUCAACAUAUCGGGAACACAAGUUUCAGAUAUUUCAUCUCUAAGGAAAUGCCGUGACAGACUGAAAUCAUUGUAUAUGUACAACCUAAAGGUGUCACAUCAGGAGAAUGUGGUUCGGAUACUGUUAGAGCUGCACCAGUUACAGCAUUUGGAUAUCUCAGAUGAACAGGACCGCCAUCCAUUUGAUCUGUUGGAACCUAAUUCUUCAAGUAUUUCAGAUUUAUUCAAACCAGAGUGUCUUCCUCAUCUUAAAUACCUAGACAUCUCUGGUGCUGAAAGGGUUGAUGAGGAGCUGCUGAGAAAGUUUGUGCUAGCACAUCCUAGCAUGACAUUCUUAGGAUUGAUGUACCUUAAUGCCUGUUAUGAUCAGAUGUAUGUCAACCCAGAUGAUCCAAAUUAUAGACAUGACCUUGUUGUUACUGGAUUGGCUUCUGAGAAGCAAGUUAUGGAAGGCCUUGAGAGAUACCCCCAUCGCCCAAUUUUCUUGCAAAAGUGUCUUCUAAACCUUUUCCGUAUCACUAAUUUGUACCGAGAAACUAGAUCAGAUCUCAUUAAGCUUGUAGUUCGUGGCAUGAGACUUCACCAGACACAAUAUGGCAUACAGAUGGCUGCCACUGCUUGCCUUUACAAUUUAACAAAAGGGGAAUUGGCCAACAAAGUUCAUCCCUCUAUACUAAGAGAUGUGGUUGAACUAUCCUUGGAUGCAAUGGAAACAUUUCCAAGUCACUUUCAACUUCAGAAAAAUACUUUACUCACUUUAUGCAGUGACCGAAUUCUCCACGAUAUAUCUUUUGAUAAAUAUCGUUGUGCAAGACUUGUUCUUGACAGCUUAUGUGCUUUUAAUGAAGCUGCUGUCAAUCGAAUGAGUGUGGCAAUUUGCAGUGUGUUAGCUGCUAAAAUAUCAACGAGGGAUUCCUCUCUUUUGGGUGCGCAACCUAAAUAUAUGCGUAAACUACUUACUAUGGUAGAAGCUCGUAUGGCUACGAAAACAAUUGACAUCACCAUGAAAUUUACCCUGAGUGCCCUUUGGAAUCUAACUGAUGAAUCACCAGCCACAUGCCAUAUGUUUUUAGAAGAAAAUGGACUUGAAUUAUUUUUGUCUAUGCUUCAAGUUUAUGAGUUUGAGACCUCUAUAGAGACGAAAGUGUUAGGACUUCUUAAUAAUAUUGCUGAAGUUCCUGGGUUGAGGUCAAAUCUCAUGUGCCCCAACUUUAUUGAGGCCUUACGGAAAUUACUACACUCAAGACACAUUGAUGUUAGCUACUUCAGUGCUGGUAUUAUUGCUCACCUUAGUAGUGAUGGCGCAAAUGUAUGGACUGUAGAAACUAUCAAGCGGGAUGAAAUGCUGCAGGAUUUGGGUCAUGUAGUACUGAAAUGGGUUACUCCCAGUAGUGAGAUGGUGGCAUACCGAUCAUUCAUCCCUUUCUUCCCUCUAUUAAAAUGCUACAAUGCCCCUCAGGUGCAGCUAUGGGCUGCAUGGGCAAUUCAUCAUGUUUGCUCCAAAAACGCAAAACGGUACUGUUUAAUGUUGGUUAAGGAGGGUGGAAAUGCUAUUCUUGAGGAGAUUCAUGACUGUCCAACUUCUGAUGAGACUGUACGAGCUAUUUGUGAAGCUAUUCUGAGAAUGGUUGAAAAAGAAGAAAAGCACUCUUCUAUGGAAAAUCAAUCGGGAAUGAUUGAAAUGGUGGAUAGAGUGUCCUAAAGCAGAUUAUUAGCUAACUAAGAUUGUUGAAUGGAUAGGCCGGUACUGAUCCCGGUCAAAAUUGGCAGUUUACCGGUAACCCCGGUAAUUAACCAUGUAUUGUGUUGUUCUUCAUGAAGCCUGUCAUUUAUGUUGGUGUAGUGUAUCCACUCCGACGUCUGCAAGGUAGACAAAACUUACAUAGGCUUGUGCUUUUAGCUCUUGUACAGCUCAGCCUAUAAAUAGCAUGGACUGAACAGGUAUUUUAAAAGUGCACCACUGUUUCAUUUGUCUACUUUGUAGUACAUUUUUUAUAAGCAAAGAAAUCCUGGUACAUUUAAAGAUUGCCUUUUUAUAUCAAAUUUAACUUAAACAACAGUAAUUCUUUAAAAUUACUGCCGCUUGAAAUUCUAUGGAUAGUUUUAAAUCCUUGGGAUUUAUGCAUAUUUGUCUUUCAUUUACUUUCAUUUAAUCUGUUGUACAGCAGGUCUUUUGGAGGUAUAUUCCAAUCUCUUCAAGACAUGUUUUCAUCUUAUUAAACUGUAAAUUGUACAUAACAUUAUUAUAUUCAAUCGUUUAUAUGUUUCUUUCUCUUUUUUUAUUAUAUUUGUUUGCUGUGGUAAAUAAUGGUAUGUGAUAAAAUGGUGUUGGAUUGUUUGAGUGUACAUCAGUCAAUUGAUGCCCUCACAGCAUGUCUCCAUUAUUCCAUUGUUUUACUGUGCAGAUCAUUAAACAUUGUGAAAUGAUGAUUGCUGCUUAAGUUAGUAAGCGUUUAAGGAAAAAAUGCUAGUCAAUAUCAAUGAUAAUAGUUUGUAUAUGGAUAUAUUAUACUGUAAUACUGUAUUCUUCUUCAAAUUCUGUAAAACUUUUCUGUUAAACUUUCUUCCUCUUAAAGACUUCAAGAUAAAUGGUGUGUAGAGAGGAUCAGUUACAUACUACAUCUUUUAGAUAAAAAAAUUUGACUACUUGUUACCUGCUCUAAAAUGCCAAUUUCUUUGUAUUUCCACUUUGUGAUUCACCAUUGUUAAUGUUUUAAUCAAUUUGUUGUUAAUGAAGUUACUAGUACAGAACAUUUUGACAUACUGUACCAUUCAAUGUCUUGAACUGUCCAUCAGUUAAUAUGAUGUGCCUUCAAUAGUGAUAAUAUGUAAUACUCCCAGGUAUUACUAAAGCUUUUAAUCUCCUGUUCAGUUCAACUUAUGUAUACAUUCAUCCCUCUGAAUCGAAAUUUCACUUAAACUUUAAGCAAACUACUUAGUGUAGCAAGCUCUCCAAAAUUUCGUAACAGUGUGAAGGACAAAUUGACGCAAUAUCAGUAAAAGCUUAUGCAUGUUCUCAUUUUUGUUGCAAUGAUUUCUGCCAGAGCCAUAGGAGCAAUAAUAAAGGUAAUCAAGCAUUCAUAAAUUUGACAGGCGAUGUGUGUGUUUAUCUGGAUAAUUCUGUUGUGAUUUUAACCUUUUAAUAUUUCAAAUAAUAAAAAAAAAACAGUUGAUGAACUUCAUAAUCCAAGUCAAA